UCGGGCAGACGCAGUGUCGAGAAAAGCAGAGGAAACGACGACACAGAUCCAGGCAGACGGCAGCAGAAUGGGUAAAGAGGAGAAACACCAGGCCAGCCCAGGCCCUCACGCCACCAAGAGCCAGACAGGGCCUGCAGCGGCGGAGAAGGCCGCGUCGCCCGCCCAAGAACGCAAGGGAGGCCGCGAGGAAAAGGAGGACAGCUAUACCUGCUGCGGCUGCCGCUUCCCCCUGCUCGUGGCCCUGCUGCAGCUGCUGCUGGGGGUCGCCAUCACGGCCGUGGCCAUCAUCAUGGCCACCAUCAGCCCCUCCCUGCUGGCCAGGGAAACCCCACACUGGGCCGGGAUCAUCGUCUGCUUGGUGUCCGUGUUGGGUUUUGUACUGUACUGCAUCACAUACCUGCCAGAUGAAAAGACGUCCAUGCAGUUUAUUGCUAAGCUCCUAUACUUCCUGCUCUGCUCGCUGGGCCUGGUCCUGUCGGUGCUGGCUCUGGCCUUCGCCGGCCACCACUACACACAGAUCAACGGCUUCACCUGCCAGGAGACGGGCGCAGACUGCCUGUGCACGCUGGACCCUGAGGACCCCAUCGCCCGCACCUUCCUGUACGCCGGCGUCAGCGACUGCUCCUCCAUCACCAGCACGCUCAAGCUCUACUUCCUCCUGCAGAUGGCGCUCAACCUGGCCCAGGCGCUGGUCUGCUUGGUGGGCGCCUUCAUCAUGUGGAAGCACAGGUACCAGGUGUUCCUCGUGGACCAGCAGAGGGGCUCCCCCUCCGCCCAGCAGUGGCAGAAAGUGUAGGCGUGACAUCCCCUCCCUAACUCCCUCCUCCACCCCUUGUAGCCACUGUACAAGGAGACUGCAGGUGCUGUUCACAGAGAUCGCCCCCCAUUCUCCCCUAAUGAGCAGACCUCUUCAAAUGCUUUCUUUUUGGGAUUUUUCUACAGGGGAUCUUUUUAUAUAGCUUUUGCUAAGCGAUUGCUUUUGCUUCACUCCCAAUAGCUAAUGCUACAGCAAAGAUUUUUUUUUCCAAAGACAAAUGUAAAACAGGCAUUCUUAAUUCCAUAUCCAAAUCUAGACUGGAGGAGGGGGGGGGUCACAGGGAAAGGAUUGUUUUUAUCAUGAAUAUACAUCGGACAUGAUUGUUCAUAUAGACCUAACCUUAAAUGAGGCAAGGAUAUUCUAUGCAUCUGUACUGUCAUCUGGUCAGCCUGGUGUGUAAGAGUCAAAACCCAGGGUCACUGCCUUAGAACUACAGUACAUUACAUGUUUAGUGCUAAACUUUACGACAGACUUUGUAAUACUUGUUUUCUUUUUAAAUGGAUCUGCUUAAGGGAAUGAGCAAAUUCAUGUUUCAAAGUGGAAUUUUUGUUCUCUUCAUUGGAUGGCACAUUGCAAGAGAAAGGAUGAAAAUGUCUAUUUUAUCUGUGUUGUGUGUGCUUUUUAAAGAGAGGAAACAAUUCACAGAUACACUGAAUCUUCAGUUGCAAAAGGUGUUGCCAGUUUCAGUUUAAACAAAUUUUUACUGUGCAUGUAGGUGUGACAAGCGAAAGUUAUGACCUGUGCAUCCAUAAAUUUGUUACUGAUAUACAUUCAUUGUUUAAGCUCGGUAUUAACCUCUUAGUUGGGCAAGAAUGAUAUGGUUAUCAUUUGUAUAACAAUAUUAAACAAUAUUAUUGCAGCCAAACAGGUGUAAAAGAAGAGGUGGCUGGUAAAUAAUGCCUUUUUUUCAUCUGAUUUAUUAUUUGAUUUUGCGCAAUUACAGAGUGGGCUCCGCCAACAAACUAUAUUAGCAUGUGUCAAUUUCAGUUACAAUAAACAAUGCACACCUACCGUUAAGUAACUGUAUGUUUAAGUAACACUAUUUCUACAUGGAAAAGGAACCUUUUAGACAUUUAACUCAAUCGAUUUCUAGGCUGUGUCCCAUUCUCACAGCGUGGCAGCUAAAAAAAAAAAAAUGCAGCCCUGAGCUUGAACGAUCUAGUGGGACACAAGCUCUGGAGAACUGAGCUGGGGCAAAUUUUCACACCCCUUUUCCUUUGCGGUAUGCUGGUCUCGCAGGCACCGGUGCAUUAGCCCCGUGUCUUGCACACUAAGUACGGCCAGAGCACGAGACUGCCACACAGCGCUUCAGGGCCUGCCUGAAACGGAACAACCAGCACGCACGGGGCACGUGCUAACGCAUAAGCAAAUGUGCUAAUUCACAGAUCUCUACAUUAUCAGGAUGAGCGUCUUUCGCUGGCUGCGCGCCUCCCAAUCUGCCCAUCCAGACACUAUAAAAUCCGGAGGAUCAGCGCAAGGCUGCUGUCUUAGCGCAUACAGAAGGACUGUGGGCAGCAGGGCCCAGCGGCAGUCUUGUUUUCCUGUGCUGUAGCCAGUAAAGCUGAAGCGGCGUAUCCACCAUGUGUGGAUGCAGUCCACUGGUGAGGGAGGAAAAGGGGUACUCCGACGGGCAACAGAACGUUGUCUCAGCUUAAACUGCCAUGUUACUGAUGCCGGCACUUUAAUCUAAACUGCACAGGCCCUGUUUUGAAAGGACUCGGUCUCAGUGCUUAAACUGACAGAUCUGUGUCUACGUAAAAGUGAAAUAUUCAAAUGGAAGGACAAAAGUUCACCACUGAACAAUUCAUAAAAAAUUUUUUAAAUAU